GUAGCUUUCUCACAGCUACCGCAUAUAUGAGCUGACAUGCAUUUUAAGAGACAAUGGUAACAUGCUGGUAAUAGCAGGGUGGAGAUUAUUUCUCAGAGUGGCGAGAGGGUUGGAAGCCGAGCCCUGCUUCAGACCUAUAAUGUGUAAAGCUUUCAGAUGCUGGGAGAAGGAAGGAAAGAGAGAGAAAUGAAAUGCGUUUCUUUAGACUCUGAGCUUUUGCUGGCUGUGACAUGUCUUGGAGGCACUGAAGUGUGAGUAAAGCUACUGAAAAAAGUCAUACAUCUGGGAGUGAAUCCUGCUGUCUUUUGGCAAGAAUUGGUGGAUCUGGUUAAGUUGAUGGCCUCUGCUGCUGUGAUCUGCUAUCACACCAUGAUGACUGGAAUAUCAAAAGUUGGGGAAUUGUCCUUGGAGCCUUUGGUCACUUGCAAACUGUGCCUGUCUGAAUAUUCACUGGAUAAGAUGACUACCCUCCGGGAUUGCAGUUGUAUAUUUUGUACAUCGUGCCUAAAACAGUAUAUGCAGCUGGCCAUCCGUGAGGGUUGUGGUUCUCCCAUCACUUGUCCAGCCAUGGUGUGCUUAAACCACGGGACUCUGCAAGAAACUGAGAUCUCCAGUUUGGUACCUCCUGAUCAAUUUCAGUUAUACCAGCGAUUGAAAUUUGAAAGAGAAGUGCAUUUGGAUCCACUAAGAACCUGGUGCCCUUCUGCUGACUGUCAGACUGUGUGCCAAAUUGAAAGUGAAUCUGGAUUACCAGUGCCUAUAAAGUGCCAGGCUUGCUACUUGACGUUUUGUUCAUCAUGCAAAGAACCUUGGCAUCUGGAGAGAUUAUGCCUGGAAAGCCAUCUUAUAAUGGCACCAAAUGAGCAAGGAGCACUAAUCAAGACUGACACAGAAGCUCCAAUUAAACAGUGCCCGAUUUGCAGGAUCCAUAUUGAACGGAAUGAAGGCUGCGCUCAAAUGAUGUGUAAGAAUUGCAAGCACACAUUUUGCUGGUACUGUCUACAAAAUCUGGAUAAUGAUAUCUUCCUAAGACAUUAUGACAAAGGUCCCUGCCGAAACAAACUGGGCCAUUCCCGUGCCUCAGUUAUGUGGAACAGAACACAGGUUGUUGGGAUCCUUGUGGGCCUGGGUAUCAUUGCCCUGGUAACAUCUCCGUUACUGCUCCUAGCCUCCCCGUGCAUUAUCUGUUGUGUCUGCAAAUCCUGCCGAGGCAAGAAAAAGAAACACGACCCACCAGCAACCUAAAGCUUUCAGCUUGUUGGCUGUGAAUGCCUACAUCACAUAUGUAAUGGUGGAGACAUGAAGGCUGACCUCUGGUGCCAAUGCAUUCCCAAUCAACUCUCCUUUUCUUUGCCAACUUUUUGCAAAAAGUGCCUACAUUUUCACAGGACACCCUGUUGUUUGCAAGUUGCAGUUUAGCAGUGGGAUAGGUGUCUGUUAUUGUUCUGGCUUAAAAAAAAACAGGGCUUCUAACCUACUUUUUAAGUUCCUUAAAAAGACCUAUCUCUGCUUGAUACCACAGUUUUUCCUAGAGUCUGGAUGUGUGUUCAUUUUAAAACACUUCAAUUGUGCAUCUCUGGAAGCAGUCUACAGUUAAAUGAUGGAAUACAGGUGAACAAUCCCCACCCCCAUUUUAAGAAAUCUUUGGAUAUUGUUUAGCUUCCCGGGGACAAACUGAGGGUACAAAUUUUAUUGUCAAUAAGCUAUCAAUUUUUUAAAAAACAGUCUAUACCUGAAAAGGGGAAUAUAGUAGAAAGUACAAUGGGAACGCAAUAUUGCAAAUUGCUCAAAGCCCAAUCAAAACCAGACUGACAAAGUGCUUGGAAGUUGUAUCUGCCUUAGUGCAUCAUCAGAAACAAUGACCUGAAUCUCCUGAUGUAGGAAUGCAGCAUAACAUGCCAAGCAAAUCUUGCUACCUGAGCCAAGGAUUAGCACUGGAUGUAAAUUAUUGUCAUGCAUUUUGUAAACUGUUUGUGGCACUGGCACUAGAAGUGGCAAGUUUAGUGGAGAUUUGUAGCAUGCGGUGGGAUCCUAUUGGCCUGGCUAUGGUACAAUCAGGCCUGUAAUUCUGUCUGUCUCUUUUUCUCUGUCAUUCUAUUGCUGUUUCCUGUCACAUGCUCAGUAAAUGAGUCAAGACAAUCACCUUAAGGCCCAAGUGGCUCCAUAUGUAUUGCAGUGGCACUAGAGUGCCACAUAUCUUUUGGCUUCACUUGUGGCAACUUGUGGUGCUUUUGCCAAAAAGGUUGGCCAUCACCAGUGUAAACUAUACUUUUGCUGAAAAUCACAUACUUACAUGCACACUUAAAAAAAAUGCACACACACCCAACACUAGCAAUUAGUUUAGGUGUGCUACACCAUCACCAGAUAUUGCCACAUAGCCACACUACAUUAUUUCACUGAGUGUGUCAGGAACUGUGAAAACAACAUAUUGACCUCAAAGCAAGUCCUAUGUAGAAACUUAAUUAAUGACAGCAAAAUGAAUCAAUUCAUUCCCUCUGAUAGCAAAGUCCACUCUCCCAUAAGACAAGCCCAAAGCUAGAUUGUGAUUGUAGGAGCUGCAUGAUCUAGAAAAUAUUGGAACAGGUCAAAAUAGUGGGAUGGUGGGAAGAGAGAGAGCAAUUGUAGUAAAGUAUGUUGUUGUAUAACAAAGAUAUAGCAACUCUUUCUUGGUUAGGCUUAUGCACAAUACUCCCUGAAGUAUCUGACUAUCUGGUUGUGGCCUCAUUUUGUUCUGUAUUGAACAAUUUAGAGGUAGGGUAUUGAUGUAAAUCUAAUACUUCAAGGAAAGAUAUGCAUGUCUCAUAGUAUACACUGUGUGUGUGCAGUCACACACAAAACAAAUAUGCAUUUGAAUGUGUACUGUUGUACAUAGUAGGCAUAUCUCCUGGAUUUGAGCAGAGCAAGUUCACUCAACAAUCUGAAAUUAUAGGACUAUCUAGUUUAGAAUGGUGAUCAUCAUCUCGUCCAAGAACCUUUUAGGACAUUUCCAAAGGAUCUCUCUGACAAUCUCACAUAGCCCGCAUUAAACAGCAAUAUCUGGUCCAAAGCAGAACUAACUGACUAGAUUUUUCCCUUGCCAUUUUUAAAAACCAGAAAAAGCCUCAGGAGGCCUCUAUCCCAUUGAUUUCAGCUAACUUAGUAUGGAUGCAACCCUAUGAGCUUGAGCAGAGAAACAGAAGGAGGAAGGGAACUUGCCUUUCACCCCUGUGGCUGUUUUUAUGCUCACAGUUGGUCCCCAGCUGCUUUUCUCUCCACUGGGGAAAAUAUAUGGGUGAUUUUCUCUUUAGUUACUGAAGCAGAAAUGCUCAAUAGAUUUAAUUUAAAUAAGCAUAGUACACUUGAAAAACUAUUGGAAGUUAAGCUUGUAAAUUCUGCCUUUUCAUUCAUAUGACAAAACCUUCUACUUUAGAGUUUGUAAGCAACUUGAAAAAAUGGCCAGGGCAUCUGAAUUAGACUGUACAAAAUGGACAGCAGUGAUGUGCAUUUCCUUUUUAGACCUGUACUGAUAAGUUGUAUUAAGGCCAUAUCUAUCCUAUUGGGUGGACCUAAUGAUCUCUAGUGACUUCCUCUGAGAAACCAUGGGAAUUGUAGUUUGAAAAUUGUCUUGUUGAUUAGAGUCAGUGAUCAGUGUUGGCGGAGCCAGUUUAGGUUUGCAACGUAAGUGUACCCUAAUACAGCCUGGUAUGCUGGCUGGGAGUUAUUCAGAGUAUCUGGAGGGCACUACGUUGGUGAAGGCUGCUCUAAUACUAUGGCUGUCACCCAAUUAAAAAAAUCUGAAUUGUAUUGUUUUCAGUUGACUAAAUCUGCAAAUAAAUAAAACAAUAAUUCUGAAGGAAAA